UGUAUCUGUGUGUGUGUCUUGCAGAGAUUUUCCCUACCUCAGGGAAUGUUUUUCAGGAAUGGGUCCAGCCUCUGCUCUGUUGCCUGCAGAUACAUUUUUCGUGACGCUGAAUAGCUGAGAGGUGAUGUGGCGGGUCGGGGGGUAAACGGCCUAUUUAAAGCAGCAGGAUCAGAAAUGAAAGCCAUCACAUCCAGACCGCCUGCCGCAGCAGAUGUCCAGGAUGAGCUGCUUUGGAUGCAAGAACCGGGAGCUGAGGGUCCUGGUGAUGGGGACAGGCGGCGAGGUCACUGACAGCCUCGUCAAAGAGAUCAAGGAUUACCCUGACCAAACCCCACAGGAGUCCUCUGAUCGUCCAGCUGACUGCUGGGUCAACAUCUGCUGUCCAUCCGAAGACGACCCCGUCUCUGCGACCAUCGACGGAUUAGACAUGGUUCUCUUUGACAUCCGCACUCGUUGUGACACAGACGAUGUUAGCAAGAUGACUGAAAGGAGCCAGAAGUACAUCUCGACGUCGGCCCGCCACGUCUUCCUGCUGGUGAUGACCCAAAAGCCUUCAGAGGACGGAGAUGAAGACGAGAAGGAGAAAGAGAUGGUGAAGGAGAUUAAAGAGACUUUUGGUGAUGCCGCAUUGAAGAACAUGGUUGUUGUGUUCAGGAACGUUACGACUGAUGUUAAAAUGCUCGAAGAAAGUCUCCGAAAGGACGCUGCAGAACUCUGGAGGCUUAUAAACGAGUGCCGCAUGGUGACGUACGAGACACCUGAAAAUGUCCCAAAAAACAUCAAGAAACGCGUCGAGAAAAUCACAGAACAGGGAAAAGGAAAAUGCUACACCCACCAGAUGCUGGAGGCUCACAGCAAGAAAGGAGGAUGCAAGUGGGAAAACUUUUCCCUGCCAAGGAAAGUCUGUGUGCUGAUCCUGUGCUGUGUGGCGAUGGCAGUCGGAUACUUCCUGUUCUGCUGUGGGAAAGAGCUGAUAGGAACGGCUGCGUCUGCUGCCUCUAAAGGCCUCAUGAACCUUUCAGAGUAACGUCACGGAGCGUCAUCUGACCUGAAACCACAAACCGGUUCUGAUCCGAUGAGCGCCACGCUCAGCCAGGCUGUCGCUCCUCAUUCAUCACAUUAAUCAGAUUCUGUUUGCUCCAACAUUUAAGUUUAAGGAUCAGAUGACAAGAUUUAAUUCAUCCACAACAUUUAAUCACUUAGUAAACAGUUCAGCUGAAAUGUUCCUGUUUCUUUAUUUCUGUAACUGGUGAAAAGUUUCUGCUUCUGAACGUUAACGAGUUUUUAACGAGGCUCAGAUCCUGCAUGUCAGGUUUUACUCAUUUAUCUGAAUGUUUCUGUUCUGGUUCUCGUCUCAAAGGGAAACACGUCGAGUUUCCUGCAUAAAACGGUUUGAAAUGUUUGUAUAGGUGGGAGAUUUUGGACUUUGCUCGGUACUGUAAAGUUUGUUCUGGUGGUUUCUGGACCCGGUUCUGUUCUGUAAAUCAUCUGUUUGAACCAAAUUAAAAACUUUGCAGCA